AUGUCUGCCUCUGAUCCCAUUGAAUCCGCUGCUUCAACGGAAGAAGAUACUACACAAUUAGAGGCAACCAAUAGCGUUUAUUCAAUCAUAGACAAUGAUGAUAGAGGAUUAUUUGAAAAAUCUCACGAUCAAUCAGCCCAUAACAAUAAUAUGGAUGACGAUGAUGACCUCUCCGAUGUAGAAGACGAAGAGGACGACGUUACUUUUGUUGUUAAUUCAUCGACUAGUGCAACUCCUGCUACAUCUUCAACAGCAACAACAACAACCACAUCUGCCCAAAAUGCCACAUCAUCAACAAAGGCAGCAUCCGAUUCCACUCACAUUGCUAUCGGUGCUUCCAAAAACGCAACUGCCGCCAAAGCUCAAACAAACAAGGCUGUGGACGAAAACGCAAUGAAUGGGGAUGAACAAUUCAAAGGAAGUAAUUUUGUACCUCUUUUUGAAUUGAAGAUGAAUCAACAAGUCUUUACGAUGGACAUUCAAAAUUAUGAAGAUAAGCCUUGGAGAAAACCAGGUGCAGAUAUAACAGAUUACUUUAAUUAUGGAUUUAAUGAGGAAACGUGGGAUUUAUAUUGUAAAAAGCAACGAGAAUUAAGAGGUCUUAAUUCUGCACUUGACGCGGAGGCGAAGAGGGAUCAAAAUAUUAGAAUGGCUGGUUCAAACAGGCCUAAGGAUGAUAGUAGUAUGAUGAGAAGACCACCUUCCGAUUCAAGACCUCCUCUUUCUCCAGCUAGUACAACCAGCAAUAGUAGUGACCGAGAAGAUAGACGGUAUCCUCCCAUGGAAAGACGAGACGACAGAAGAGAUGACAGAGAUUAUAGAAGAGACGAUCGUGGAGGUAGAAGUGACGAUCGAGGAGGUUAUGGAAGAAGAGACGACCGAGGAGGCAGGGGUGAUGAUAGAUUACCUCCUCCAAGAGAUGACCGAGGAAGAGCACCAAGACCAAUGGAUUCACCAUCUUCACUUUCUAAAAAAUCACCACCUAGAGAUGACUACAACGACAAAAAACGUCCUAAUUCUGCAAUUAGUGACUCGAGAAGAGACUCAUCCAGUUCUGGAGCAUCAGCAAGCCGAGGAGACAGCAGAGGAGAUUCGAAGCCUCCAAGCAGCUCUGGAAAAGAUAAUUAUCAGUACAGUGACAGAGGGGGCAGUGACAGAGGAGGCAGAGGUGGUGGUCGUGGUGGUUCCUAUGACUCUAGAGGAGGUGGUAAUGGUGGAAGAGAUAUGAAAAAACCAAAGCGUUAA